AUUGCAGAGGGCGAUAUUUUACUAUCGGUGAUAGCAAUGCCACACCGCAAGUCCUCAUUCUGAAUAUUUAAUUUGAAAAAUUUACCUCUUUUUUUUUAUUGUCAAAUAUUAAAGAGAAUUUGACAAAAUUUAUCAUAAUAUUUUAAUGUGAGUUCUUAUCAAAACAAAUACGAUUAAUUUUAAUAAAAAUGGGAACUGUCCACGCGAAGGAAACAAAUAUGCAGAGAAAACUAAACGAGAAUUCGAAUCAGGCUAUUCCCAAAGAAAAACGUAAUCCUAAAACAAAAGAAGAUUCUUCUGCAUAUAUUAACAAGAGGAAAAACUUGUUAGAAAAGGAAGAAGUAAAAGAAAAAAAUUUAGAUUUACAAUCUAUAAAGACAAGGGUUGAUACGAUUCAUAUAGAUGGACUUAAGCGAACGAAAGAUGAUAUAAUAAAAGCCCAAGUAACAGACCUCUUUAAAGCUAAAGAUUUUCAAGAUGUUAUUAUACAUGCCCAUAGAGUCAAGGGAAAGCUAGAGUCAUUAGGAUGUUUCAGGAGUGUUGGAGUUUACAUUGAUACGAGUGAAGGGCCUCAUGCCACCCCAGAUGGUGUUGAAGUAACUUUUACAGUACAUGAAAUGAGACGAUUAGUUGGUGGAAUUAAUACUAUGGUUGGAAACAACGAAGGCUCUGUAAUCAUUGGAGCGAAAGCUCCGAAUUUAUUUGGCAGAGGUGAACGUCUUCAAAUGGAAUAUUCUCAUGGUACAAAAAGUUCCACAAAUAUAAAUGUGUCAGCUGUUAAACCACUUGUGGAUAGUUGGCUUCAUACAGUGCUAACUGCUAGUGUGUACAACACGACUAGUGAUUUCCCCUGGUCUGGUUUUAAUCAAUGCGACAAAGGCCUUCUAUUAGAUAUUGGUUUUAAUCCAGAUGGUGCAGGUAUACUAAAGCACAACCUACAGUAUGAAGCUACAUACAGGAAAAUUGUUUGUUCUAAGCAAGCGUCGUUUCGCGUCCGUGAACAAUGUGGUCCUAAUUUGAAAUCUGCGUUUCGACACAUUUGUUCUAUCGACAAACGAGAUUCUUCAAUAUUUCCUACUAUAGGAAGCCUUGUACAAUUUUCAUCAGAAGUAGCUGGACUUGGUGGAGACAUUGGUUUCAUUAAAAAUGAACUUAUUAUGCAAGCUAAUUGGUCGCCACACGAAUAUUUUACUUUCCAGUUGGGCCUUCAAUCUGGACUGCUCCGAGGAAUUAAUAACGAUAAAAAGAUAAAUAUAGCCGAUCGAUUCUUUCUGGGUGGACCGUUGAAUCUUAGAGGAUUCGAUAUGAGAGGAUGUGGACCUCGUGAUGAUAACAAUUCAUUAGGUGGAGAUGCAUAUUGGGCAGCCGCGCUCCAUUUAUAUACGCCACUGCCAUUUAGACCUGGUCGUAACGGCAUCGGCGAUUUGUUCAGGUUACAUGGUUUUAUCAACGGUGGAAAUGUAGCAGAAUUUUCAUUCAAUUUUGCUAAUGAUUUGAAAAAGAAUAUGGAAAUCUUUACGGAAAAUAUACGUUCUUCAGUUGGCGGUGGCAUCGUAAUGAAACUCGGAAAUGUCGCAAGAGUCGAAUUGAAUUUAGUUAUGCCCCUGAGGUUUAUGAAGAACGACGUAUUGCGACCGGUUCAGUUCGGUAUUGGGUUACAGUACCUGUAAGCAUUUAUUUGGGAGUAGUAAAUUGUAUAUCUUGUAUUAUUUUUUACAGUUCGGCUAUACAUUAUUAUUGUUACAAAGAUUCGUUCUAAUGUUAUUAGAAUUAAAUGUUUGAAAAAAAAACAUGU